CGCGAGCGCGCGCCCCGCCGAGCGCCCGCCUGCCGGGGGCCUGAGCGCUGGGGCGCGUGCGCGAGCGGUGCAGCACCGGCCGCGGGAGCAGGGAGUAUUAUGGGCUGUGGGUGCCGCUGAGCAAGAUGGAGCUGUCUGCAGUAGGCGAGCGGGUCUUCGCGGCCGAAUCCAUCAUUAAACGCCGGAUCCGCAAGGGACGCAUCGAGUACCUGGUGAAAUGGAAAGGGUGGGCGAUCAAGUACAGCACUUGGGAGCCAGAGGAGAACAUUCUGGAUUCGAGGCUCAUCGCAGCCUUCGAGCAGAAGGAGAGGGAACGUGAGCUUUAUGGGCCCAAGAAGAGGGGACCUAAACCCAAAACUUUCCUCCUAAAGGCCCGGGCCCAGGCGGAGGCCCUCCGCAUCAGUGAUGUGCAUUUCUCUGUCAAGCCAAGCGCCAGCGCCUCCUCACCCAAGCUGCACUCCAGCGCUGCGGUGCACCGGCUCAAGAAAGACAUCCGCCGUUGCCACCGUAUGUCCCGCCGCCCCCUGCCACGACCAGACCCACAAGGGGGUAGCCCUGGCCUGCGCCCACCCAUCUCGCCCUUUUCUGAGACCGUGCGUAUCAUCAACCGCAAGGUGAAGCCCCGGGAACCCAAGCGGAACCGCAUCAUCCUGAACCUGAAGGUGAUUGACAAGGGCCCGGGAGGUGGCAGCACUGCGCAGGGCACCGGGGCACUGGCCCGCCCGAAAGUCCCCUCGCGAAACCGGGUCAUUGGGAAGAGCAAGAAGUUCAGCGAGAGCAUGCUUCGCACCCAGAUCCGCCACAUGAAGUUUGGCACCUUUGCGCUCUACAAGCCCCCUCCCGCUCCUCUGGCACCCUCUACUGCGGGCAAAGCCGACGUGGCCUCCUCGGGGCCUGGGCUGCUCCUGGCCACCCCAGCUGCUGCCCCCUUUGACGCACACAGCUCCAGCUCUUCUGGCUGCCCCUCACCCACACUGCAGUCCUCUGACCCAGACGAUGCACCGCCCAAGCUGCUCCCUGAGACCAUGAGCCGAUCUGCGCCCAACUGGCGAGAGUCGGAGGUGCUCGAUCUGUCCAUCUCUCCUGAGGCGGCUGCCACCGGCCAGCGGGUGCCUCCUGAUGUCACUGCUGCUGCGGGCCAGGCGCUUCACACAGCUCUGGAGCCCACGGGUGCUGGCUCGUCUGAGUCUGAGGCUGGGGACUGGCGCCCCGAGAUGUCUCCAUGCUCCAAUGUCGUCGUCACAGAUGUCACCAGCAACCUCCUGACCGUGACCAUCAAGGAAUUCUGCAGCCCUGAGGAUUUCGAGAAGGUGGCUGCUGGGGUGGCAGGUGCUACAGGAGGUGGGGGUGGCACUGGGCCAAGUAAGUGAGGGGGGCUUCCUCAAGGAGGGAGGCUUUGGGGAGGGGCCUCCUUCCUGGAGUCAUCCUUGUGCUCCCGCCCCGUCCCUGCCCUCAGACCCGAUUGCCUGUGCUUUCCUUGCCUCAGAUGGCUCAGUGCUGACCCAGGGAUGGGGUGUGGGGUGGUCCUGGACUUGGUUAGGGCCCUGGUGGGUACAGGAAGGAAGAGCCGCUCCCUGGUGUCCCUGGCACUGUCCCUGACUGUGCAGGUGGGGCCCCCUAGAUGGUUUCUGGGGAAUCCCCAGAACUUGGGGUUCAUCUAUCCUAUCUACACUCCACCUUGCCUCUCCUAGCUUGCUUCUUGCUCUGUGUGCAGUGUCUGGUCUCGGUGCUAUCUCGGCAUCUGCAGGGCCCCCAGGAGAUCCAGCCUAGGGUGGGCACAGUCUCUCACUACCCUGGCAUUGAGUGAAGGAUGAGGCCAAAGUGGGUCCCUCCCUCGACACCUGUGAGGGUGGCAGCAGCUGGGCCAGAAGUCCCCUUCCCUGCUUGCCUACAUGUGGACCAGGCCUCUGCAGAUCUCCUGCCCGACACACUGUCUCUAUCCAAAACCCCCUUUGGAGGUGGAGGGGCUGGCAGACAUGGCGCCCUGCCACAGCUUCUGGGCAUCUGAAAACCCCUUCCGUUUUCUACCAAAGGUGCUGCAAGAACCUGCUGUGGCAACUUCUGGCUGUGCAUGUGUGUUUGCCCCUUGGCUCAUUCUUGUGUAGAUCCAUGUGUGCGUUGGGUGCAGGGCCUCAGUUUUCCCUGCAACACCCUUUCCGGUUCCUCAGAACAGGGUCGCUGAAGGCGUGGCCUCCCUUGCCUUACAGUGCAGUCUGUGUGGUUUGUCCAGGAAGCCACAGGCUCCUCCAAUCCCAGGUUGCUGUGGGACGUGGAGCCCUCAGGCCCUUCUUGGGAUGGUCAUCUUGAAGGCCAGACCUUCACUACAGACAGGGCUCUGUGGGGACUGUGGUAGAGGGAGAGCCCAGCUGAGCCUCUAUUCGCAGAUAUUUGUGGAGGAAAGAGGCAGCCCAGAGGCCUCCCAGGGGUCUUCAGUUCCCCCCACUCCUCUGGUUUGCUUUUGACUGCUGAGGCUUCCUGACAGUCUAGCCUAUGGGAAGACUUGGGUGCCUUGGGCAGCUUCUGUUGCCCUCUGCUGCUACAGAACGGAGGCACCCUUGCCAGUGGCAGAGACCAAAGCCCCAGAUUCGGGCCAGGCACCAGAACUGUAGGCAGAGAGGGGAGACAGGGAGGUGCCGGCCUCCAGGCAGCACUGGUCUGGCCUUGGCCACUGCCUGGGCUUCACCUGGGUGUUGAAUGGCACGUUCCUGUGUAGCCUGAGCUGGCUUCUGGUGUACACAGUCCUUGGUACCUUGCUCAGAAGCAUGGGAAGCGGCAGAACCACGUGAUCUAAGGACAAGAUUCUGGUCUUAGAGGAAGAUGCUCUUCCCACCAUCCCCACUGGGGUCUGCAGCACGGCCCCAGCCCUCUUUGCCCCAGGGUAUAAAACGGGCGCUCACAGGGUUGGAGGGGGCCACGGUCUGGCCCCACCUUGUCCUGUGUUAGCUCCCAUACCGUCCAAGUGCCAAUUGGCUUUUCCCCCAAAUAAGGGCUGGUAUUUCGCCUCUGUCCCCAGGGGCGAUUUCCCCCUCCCCCCUUCCCCAGGUGAGCCACCACCUGGGUGCCAGUUACAGGUGUUUGCAGAGACCAUAGAAAUGUGUUUUCCUGAGAGUCUGUGUCAUUUGUGACCUUUUUUGUAAAGAAGUUGUGUUUUCAGAGGUGAUUUUAUGACAGGAAAGUGAAAGAGUUAGUUUUGCAGAAAAAAAAAGAAAAAAAAAGAAAAAAAUUUUUAAAAAGAAAAAAAAAAGAAAACUAAAAAAUAGAAAAAAAAAACAUUGUAGGACUCGUAAGAGUGUAAGGUGGUGGGGAGAAAGCUAUUUAAGAAGACCGUAUUAACGCAGCGAUUGCACAGGUGAGGGCAAUGUUGGGGUGGGGUGGAGGCCUGAGCUAGCUGGUGGGUCCCCUGGGCUGGGCCCCACAGAGGGGGCCACAGCUGUUCUCCUUCCUUGACAGCAGGCGGGGUGAGUGUGUUGUGACAGCCAGUCCUAAGGUAACUAGCAGGAAGUGCGGGGGACAGGCAGAUGGCGGUAGUGAGACUCGGUUUGACCCGGCUCACUGUUGGCGCCUUUCCUGUAGGAAGGCUUUUACUCUUCAGCCCUCUGGGUCAUGUGGUUUCCAGUAGCCCCCAAGGCACCCUAAGGACCUGGGCACCUUUGAGUAUCCCUGGUUAGGAAAGGGAUGCAGGUUUCAGAAAGCGGCUGACGGCAGUACUCCCCUCCGCACUCAUGCACAAGGCCUCAAGGUGCAUGGAGAAGGGAGGCCUGGGCCUACCAGGCCCAGAGGCUGCACAGCCUCCCACACAGCCCCCCCUACACACACACAGCCCUACAUCAUCAGCCUACUGCAGGCCCCUCCCCCACCCCUGCUGCUUUUCAUUUGCCUAAUUACCAAGCAGAAGUCGCAGUCCAAUUUGCUUUAUUUUUGUAUGUGAAAUGAUCCCUGCGCCCCCUGCAGGUCAUGCCCUGUAAGAGCACUCUCCCACCUCCUGUCGGUUACCUGUCCGGACCUAGGGUCCUGGGUCUUGGGUUUUGCGAUGGAGGCUUGGGGUCCAUCCCUGCUGUGGUUCUUGCCCUGAUCUAAGUCAGUCCCUCUGUGACAGGGCAGUGAGGCCAGCACGAGGCACUCUGCGGCCUCCAGGUGCACAGCCUGACGGAGCAAAAUGAGCCUCUUUCCCUGGCUUGACAGGGAGCUGUUGGGAUGGAGAGCGAUGUAUCGUUUCAGAGGAGGCUGAGCUGCUUCACUGGAGUCUGGAGGCUUCAGAGCCCAGGCUGGCCUGGCCCUUAAAGGGAAAGGUGGGACUGGCGCUGGCCGUGGCCUAGGCUGGAGGCUAGCUCUAGCAGAAACUCCGUCAGUCACGGCUGGGCUGGCCUCUGGGGACCUGAGAGGGCACACCCAACCCUUCUUACUCUUCUGGUUUGUUCGGGUUUUGGUUUUUUCUUUUUUCUUUUUCUUAUGUUUUGUUUUGUUUUUUUGCACUUCGAUGGAUGGUGGAGCCCAGCCUGGUCAGUUCUACCCUUGGGUUCCAGUGCACUAGACCAAGGUGGCCUCUCUGGGGCUUCUGUGGUUCGAGGAAUCACUUUUUAAAAGAUAAGAGAAAUUUUAAGGGUUUUAGUUUUGUUCUCUCUGCUUCUCUUUUUGGUUCAGAAGGCUCAGAGGGUGUGGAUUCCCUCCGAUAGACACUCCGAUAGAGAAGAAAAAUAUGUACCCAGUCAGGUGGGGGCUCAGGACCCCACUUCCCAGCCUACGGUUCCCUCCGUCCUUAAAGGAGUCAGGGUUCCACCCCGCCUGAAUGCUGUGCACCGGCCCUGUGAUGGAGCCGGAGGGUCUGAAGGGGCCAAGUGGUGGGGGUCAGACGCUGGGCACACCUGGGCUGAGAGGGAAGCAGGUACCUUUUUGUUGGUUUUAACUUAAAAACACAAAGGCCUAAAGAAAUAUGUAUCUUAUAAUUCUUUUAAUUUUUAAGAAGCUCGUUUGAUGAACUGCACGAAUGGAUUCUAUAUAUAUAUAUAUAUAAUAUACGUACAUAGCUCUAUAUUUGGGGACGGGCACUGUCUCUUUUCUCUCACAUUUUAAAGAUGAAGUGUCUUUACCUUUGUCUGUGGUUCAACCAUCCAGCCCCCAGCUGGCUAAACUUUGCCUCCAGUGGUUAAUGGCAGGAACCGGAUAAAGCUGGCCAAUGGACGAAGGGGCGGGCCCCUGGUCUGCCCCGCCCCUCGGGGAGGACUUCCGGUGGGGAAGAGCUUAUUUUUUGGACGUGGGUUCGGUAGAUCUGGGCCAGGGGAGGGCGGGCUCGUGCUGGUCACUCUGUCUUGUAUGUUUUGUUCUGCUGCUCUUCAAUAUUGUAUCGAUGCCAGGAAAGGGGGUGAAACCUCCUUCACCCCCAAAUAAAUUGUCACAUUCCGAAGCUA